UACAGCAUUUUAUGAAUCAUCAUGGCUCCACAUCCCAUAAUGCAGGCCAUCAUUGACUUCGCAGCUGGAGCAGCAGGUGGUACAGCUUGUGUGCUGAGCGGUCAGCCGUUUGACACAACAAAGGUGAAGAUGCAGACGUUCCCCAUGUACCGAGGCUUCAUCCACUGCUUCUCAUCCACCUUCAGGCAGGUGUGAAUACGAGGUCUCUACCAAGGCGCGACUCCAGCUCUCAUAGCCAACAUCAGUGAGAACGCUGUGCUCUUCUUGAGUUAUGGUCUCUGCCAGGAUGCCAUCCCGCUUUGUGUCCAGUUGGAUAAAGGGGCCGAUCUCAGUGAUAUUUCAGAAGGCAUGCGCAGGUCUGUAGCCUCCAUCUUCUCCUAUGGCGAUUGCCCUACCGAGCUGGUGAAAUGUCGCCUGCAGGCCAUGCACGAAAUGGAAGCAUCUGGCAAGAUCCCAAGCGGAAAGAGAAGCACAGUGUGGACAGUAGUGACAGUGUUGAAGACAGACGGUCCCCUGGGUUUCUACCAAGGACUGACGUCCAACAUGGCGAGGGAGAUACCGGGCUACUUCUGCUUUUUUGGGGUCUAUGAACUGUGCCGGUCUAAAUUUUGCCCAGUACAAUGGGCACGGGACAAGGACGGUAUAGGUAUUCUUCCUCUCAUGUUCAGCGGUGGAUUUGGGGGAGCUUGUCUGUGGUUGACGGUCUAUCCCAUAGACUGCGUGAAGUCCAGUAUCCAGGUGUACUCUUUAGCUGGGAGGCAAGAGGGCUUCAUGAAGACCUAUGGUAUCAUACGCACUGAGGGGUUCACUGCUCUGUUCGGGCUGACUCCUACCAUGAUACGCACCUUCCCUGCCAACGGAGCCCUCUUCCUGGCUUAUGAGCUCAGUCGCAAAUUCAUGAUGGAGAGAGUCGGUAACUGAUGUGGAGGAUCUUUACACUUUAAGAAGAAAGUAUUGUGCUGCCUGAAACACUGCCAAAUGUGUUAAUGUUUGAUUAGAUGUGAGACAAAAAAAAACAUGAAGUAUUGGUACUAUUCGUAUGGCUGUAUAGGGAUUAUCUUGUGAACACGUUUCUGUACUGUGCUGGCUACAGUGAUUUAAAAUAAAGUUUUAAUCUUUACUUCCAAAAA